UAAGCGUACAAUUUUCAAAAAAGUUUCAAGUGUUUAAUUUUAAAAAGAAAGAGUACGUAUAAGAUCAAGGCGUAUAUAUAGAGGGAUGUCCAAUGUAUAUAUCUUUUAAUAAAUACAUGCUGCUACUUCAGCAGUUCCGUAAAAAUCAGUAUGGAAAGCUGCAAUUCUCUUGUGAAAGUUUUAGCAAUUCCGACAUCGAAAUGGAGUAGGUUGCGUUUGCUUAUCCAAGCAACCGGAAUCCUACGUGCCACUGGCCGAUCUCCAUUCGAGGAAACUGCAGCAGUUGAUUUGAUGUUGGACAAUGACAUGGACCUUCAAGAACAAAUUACCAGACCUUUUGUGAACCAUUCUGACCAGCAAGCAGGAGAUAAAGCUAGAAAUCCGAGACAGUCCUGGGUGAGGAUCCUUGCACUUGUUCGUUUCAUUGUCGUGGCCAAAUUAGCUACCAGACGACCUUCUACGACCAGCUAUGUCCAGGCAAGUAGCUAUUUUCUCAGUCCCAUAGACUGGUGCAUAAAUAUACACAUGGUCGGAAAUUACGCUGCAUGUAUAAUAUUUAUGCAUGCGUGUAAUAGAUAUUGA